AUGACUUCUCAGCUGGAAACUAAUGCCAAACUUCGUUCGGUGACGUCGAGUCCCUUUCCUCCCGAAUCAGAUACUCUCCGCGGCCGCAAAAGGCACCGCAGCCUCACGAGAUGUGACCUUGAGGGUCGACCCCGUCGUCGAUCUACCUCGCCGACGCCGGUAUCAUCCAGAGCCUCUUCGCGGGCCAUGCCGAGUACGGACGUGUCUCCUAUGAGAAAGCGUCUCCUCCGUGUCGUUCUGUUGGAACGUCGACGAAGCCAGAGCCCUUCUCGGUCUAGGUCGCCUAAUCGCAAGCAGGCCCCACCCCGACGCCGACACAGAACCCGGAGCCGGAGCCGAACACAUAUCCAAGAAAUGCUACAAGUGAAGGAUCAGCUGCCUCGGCUCUUGCUUGUUGAGCAGGCGCACAAGAAGGCGGACAAAUCCGUACAAGUCUGA